UCGAAACAUGAUAAAUUUGUAUACAAAUUGCACAAGAAGUGUUAAGUAAAAAUAGAAAAUUGGAAAUAAAAAACAAUUUAAAUUAGACAAAAAAAUGGAAUUAAAAAAUAAAUUUAUUAUAAUUUACGACAUUGUUUACGCAGUGAUUCUUCUAAUAUGUUUACCCAAUGAAUGUUUCACGGAUUCGGUAAAUUAUGUGAAUUUAAAUAGAUAUUGGACAUUAAAAAAUCAAAAUCAUUCCAUAAUUAAAACGGAUAUUACAGUGCCGUCCGGUGUCUAUUCUGCUCUAUAUGGAGAACAAGUGCUGGAUUCCUACAAUGAUGUUAACUUAAGAUGGAUUUCAUAUGAUAAUUGGACUUACACUAAUACUUUUUCAAUACAUCCUACUGAAUUGAAAUCGUUGCGAUUUGUUAAUCUAACAUUUCAUGGUAUUGAUACUGUGGCUGAGAUACGUUUAAAUCAUUACCUUUUGGGUAGAACAGAUAAUAUGUUUGUACGCUACAGUUAUGAAAUAACAAAAAUCUUAAGGGCCGAAAAUUUACUAGAGGUAGAAAUUAAAUCACCCAUUUAUGCUGCUCUACAGAAAGCCAAUGACUUUAAAGAGAACAAUUUUACUAUACCACCGAAUUGUCCGAAUCAACGUUAUCAUGGAGAGUGUCAUAUGAAUAUGUUGCGCAAAAUGCAGGCCAGUUUUGCUUGGGAUUGGGGUUUGGCAGCGCCUUCAAUGGGUAUAUGGAAAUCAGUGGUAUUAGAGUAUUAUGAUAUUGCUAUAAUGCGUGAUGUUGAUGUGGCCUUAAGACAUAAUCAAACACAUUGGAAUAUGAAUGUCAGAGUAUUUAUUGAUUGUAAUGGCCAGAGAGACUUUAGGGCCGAACUGACAUUUUAUGCAGUUGAAUUACUAAAAGAAGCUUUGGUUAUCAAUAAAGUGAUAAGUUAUAAAGCUCCAAUGAUAAUGUUUGAUCUGGCUAUACCAAUUGAACAAAUAACUCUUUGGUGGCCUAAUGGUUUUGGUGAUCAAAAACUAUAUCCCUUACAUUUCACUUUAAAAGCCUGGUGGAAUAAAGCCAAUUCUAGCUUACGUGAUAAGAUUAUUUCACAAAAAUCUAUACGAAUAGGUUUUAGAACAAUAGAGUUAGUAGAGGAACCUGUGGCUGGGGGUACUGGCAAUACGUUUCUAUUUAAAGUCAAUGGUAAAGAAAUAUUUAUGAAGGGCAGUAAUUAUAUACCGAGUCAUAUAUUACCAGAAUUCAGCAGCGAUAAGACUAGAAUCAAGCACCUCCUUCAAGCAGCGAAAGAUACACAUCAAAAUAUGAUACGCGUCUGGGGAGGUGGUAUAUACGAAUCAGAUGAUUUCUAUGAUAUCGCCGAUUCAUUGGGUAUUUUAAUUUGGCAAGAUAUGAUGUUUGCAUGUGCUAUGUAUCCAGCAACUGAAGAAUUUUUAGCUUCCGUAAGAGAAGAGGUCUUACAAAAUGCCAAAAGAAUUGGACAUCAUGCAAGUGUGGCAAUUUUUGCAGCAAAUAAUGAAAAUGAAGUUGCCUUAGCACAAAAUUGGUAUCAAACAUUUUUGCAUUUAGACAAAUAUAAAGCAGAUUAUAGACAAUUGUAUUUGGCUACAGUGAUACAUGAACUCAAAGUAUUGGAUUAUCCUACCAGACCAAGACCUUUAGUAUCAUCCCCUUCAAAUGGUAAAGAAGAGGAGAAAGAGAAUUAUAUUUCAGCGGACCCACAAAAUCCUAAUUAUGGUGAUGUUCACUUUUAUGACAUUUUCAAAGACGCCUGGAGUCCAAACAUAUAUCCCCGUCCUAGAUUUGCUUCUGAAUAUGGUUUUCAAUCGUUGCCUUCUGUGACAUCUUGGCUUAGAACUUUAAAUGAUUCAGAUAAUUUAGAGAGUCUGGUGCAACAUAGACAACAUCAUCCGUUGGGCAUGUUGGCCAUAACCGGUUUAGUUAGACGUCAUUUUCCUUUGCCAUUGCCAGAAGAUCCCAAUUAUAUGGAAGCUUUAGUUUAUUUCAGUCAAAUUUCUCAAGCUAUGGCAAUAAAAAUCGAAACCGAAAUGUAUCGCAGUUUACGUGAUACUCAACACAGAACUAUGGGUGCUUUAUAUUGGCAAUUAAAUGAUGUAUGGGUGGCACCUUCUUGGUCUUCGAUAGAUUUUUAUGGAAAUUAUAAGAUAUUGCAUUACUGGUCUAAAGAUUUUUUGGCUCCUAUAGCUAUAGUGGCAUUGUUUGAUUCCGAAACUCAAUCAUUAAAUGUUUCACUGAUAUGUGAUCACUUUGAGGUGGAUACUAAAGAUUUAUUAGUUACUUUGAACAUUUACAAAUGGACGGAAUUGUUCCCCAAGGAAACACUACAAUGGCCAGCUAUUUUGAAACCCAAUGGUGUCCAUUAUGACAAAGUUAUACCCAUAACCGAUGUCAUUAAGGAUCCCUUUGAUAGCAGCAAUUGCUUUUUAGAAUUCAUAUUGCAACAAAAUAACGAACAUUUGGCCCGCACGUUUUAUUUCCCUGGUACUUUUACACAAUUGGUUAAAGAUCCUGGUUUAGAGCUUAAAAUUACUCACACAAAUUUGUGUAAAACUACACCAAGCGUUAAAAUGAAUAGUUAUAGUUUAACAUUAACAACAAAAUAUCCGGCUGCAUUCGUUUAUCUGGAUCUUAUACCGAAUCAGUAUAAUAUAACAAAAUAUUCAUUUUCACAUAAUGGUUUUAUGCUGGUAUCUCCUAUAAUGGUUUUAUAUUUGGAGAUCGAAGCUGAACAGUGUAUUGAUAAAUUAAAUAAGAAUGAUAUUAAAAUAUUAACAGUUAAUCAAUUUAGAUUAUAAUAUUAGUUUUAGAUAUUUAUUUUUCUUUUAAUAUUUAUAAACUUAGCUUAAUAUCUCAAAUAUUAUUAUGAGAUAUUUAAAACUAAAUAUUACACGCAUUUUAGAAUAAUUUUAUAGUUUACUAUGUUGUGUACAUACUACCAAAUAUUUAAUAAAAUUUUUUAAAAUCGGUUAUGCAUUUAUAAAAUUCUCAG